AUGGAUCACGUAUCAACGCUAUGUGCGCUAAGCACUGUCGGUAUCGCACCUACCGGUCUGGCGCUCGGGCGCGCAGAACGAAGCCAGAAGCCGAGUCUGUUCCGGCGCAAGACCCUCUCCCAAGAACAACCAUUUCUCCCUCAACAUAACACAAAGACACCCGUGGAUGCUCGUCCGAAGACUGCUCUUCCACCGCGGACAAGCGUAGCAGCCGAGUGGCUGGCUGAAAAGGAGCAAAGCCUGGCAGAGAGCCGGUAUGGAAGCCAACAGGAACCGGAUCUGCGGCGGGCAUCCUUGUCCUUCAGCGCUGUGAGACGUCGUCGUCGGGGUCAAACAUUUACAGCGCCUCCACUUCAGAUUCCGGAGAAUGAACCCAUAGACUCCCGGACUGACCACACCCGACGACCAUCAACUAGUUGGCUGCGGCGCUUGUCAAUGGCCUCAUUCCAGACUGAAAGCCCGACUUCAAGCAGUCCAGUCACACCGUCGUUCAAUGGGUCUGCGAGCCCCGUGUUUCCUCGUCCACCGAGUCAGCGAAGGGCCCCGAACAAGUUGGUCAAGCGUCCGGUAUCGCAACACACAAACACACAUCCCCUUGGGUCACAAACAAUCUCUGGGCCUUCGCCAUCUGCGCUUCGUAGGCCAGCGACGAGUCAUCAGAGAUCAGAGUCAAUGCGCCUCCCUUUGGUCACAGAUUUCGAUGACUACUUCUCUAAAAAUCUUCCUGUUGAAUCACCGGAGAUGGAAGACUUUGAGCUUGAUAAAAAGACAGAAUGGACGUCAUUUUUCCUUCCGAGGACUGGUAGUUUGGCGGAGAGAUUGUCGCGCAGAUUCUCAACAUCGACGGCGCCGAAAUUUCAGAGUGUUCGCCAAAUUGGAUCUGAUCCAAGUGCUCUUCCGGUUCUAGUUCUCGCCUCUGAUGUCGCCGCCACCUCCAAUAGCAUGCCCCGAGAGGAUCAGCCAUUGCCUUUUACCACAGUCGAAUUCCGCAAUCCAUUCCAGACAGCCACGCCAGCUGUGCCGGACCCUGCUUCUGAACCAAUUGCCGAGCCAAUCCCCGAGUCAGUGGAGAGGCCGAGUGAUAGGCAUUCAUACUCUGUUAAUGACGCCGAACAAAAGCAGACUGUCAUCACCAAUACCGUCACUGGCUCCGGUGUUCCAAUUUUAGGACGGCCAAGGGGUGGUUCUCUGAAGCGCGUAAAAGGACGCACGUUUUCUAUAACUCGCUCAGAACUUUCCAAGUCGGACAGGGUCAUCGCCAUCCCGACGCCAGACCCAGAACAACGACGUAACAUCACCGAUCCGAAUGUUUUCCGCCGUCCACAUCCUGUGUCGCAGCCAGGGGGGCGUUCUCAAGUCGUGCCUCGAUCGGUCUCGCAGGAUUACAAUAUCGGCUUGGGGUCUCGGUCCGGUCUCGACCCAGUAACAUCAGAUGCAGUCGCUCUUUCAGCUUGGCAGCGAGCUUCUGGACCCAAUGGCCCGCAUUAUUCUCUCCGUCGUCGUCCAAAGGGGUUCUCAAUCUCAGGAUCAGAUCCAUCAUCCACCAUCAUUGGUUCCGAUGAUACACGGGUUUUCACAUCCUGUGAGGAUUAUGAAACAGAUAUUAUGAGUGAUUAUUGGGACUCGAUUCGCACGCGCGAAACGACCGGUAGUGGAUUGAAGGGUCUUCGAAUCGAGACAAUGUUCGACCAAGCAGGCACGAGUUUAGCCAACGAAGAAGUCACGACCCUGGAGACUCUUCUGCCGCGGGGCUCUUUCGCCGCUAGGUCCUUGGAACGAGAUCCUCAACUCUUUGCUGAUUCAUUCCUGGCAUCGCCUCCUUUGUCUCAGGUCCCAAUAGUUGAUAAUUCAUCGAUUUUGACAGAUCAACCGGAUGAUGACGCUCUCAGCAUGAUUGGGGCGUUACCUGGUGAAUCUGAGAGUGGAUUCCAAUCGCCCUUGUCACUUGCACUGUCCAAAUUUGCUGAACAGUCUGACUCCGGCCUGACUUCAGCGAGGGUAUCUGGGAGGGUGGUCAACACUCUCAACUCUGGUGUAAACAAGAAGACAAACAUUUUCGACUGGUCCGAGCAGUCACGUCCUGACCGCGAAGCUGCCGACACUGAGACGCGUCCCAGAACCAUGCAUGGGAAGCAAGAAGGUGUCGUUGACAGGAGCAGUCGAACUGUUUGCCGGAAAGCACCAUCAACCGUACACCUUCGUAGUCAAAGUGUCCCUGUUGUGAGCGAUAUUCCUAUCAGUGACUCGCGCCAGACAUCUGGGAAGUUCGGGACCUGGGGUUUGGGCAGUAAAGGUGUUAGUGAAGACUGGGACAGCGAUUUCGAUUUUGAUGAAGCGGAGGAUACCCCCACCGCCGAAAGCACUCAAGUAUCUGAACCGGAAACUAUUCGUCAAAGUAUGACCGUUCCGAAGGCCAUACUGGAACGUCAAGCCAGUCUUCGUGGUCAAUUCGGGCAGGUUCAGGAAUUGACGCUAUUGGUGGAAGAACUGAAGCGUCUUCGACACCAGGCCAGUGUCCUGGAUCUUGUCAGCGGACCUUCCAGUGAACUAUGGAAAGAAGCUGAGGGGAUCGUGAACCUGGCGACCAUUGAUGACGACGAAGAGCAUCACUCGCCUCCAGGAUCUCCUUCAUCUCUCACAUUCAGCUUCGAUGAAUCCGAAGACGAAUGUCUCCAUGCAUUUUCCAAGCGUAACAGCGAAGUCUCAUGGAACGACGUACCACAACGUGAGCAAGAAACUCCUUCGCCCCUCACUCAGCUCGUGAAAGACUCGCCCAAAUCCCAAUCGGUGCUUGAUAUCCUGCAGCCUGGUGAUCAAUCGCUCGAAAUCGCACCUCGAUCUCAGAAACUGCCAUUUGACACGUCUUCGUUGAAAGAUUUGGUUGUCCGAGCCGGUGUUGUGACGCGUGCACUGAAGGAAGUCAUUCGCAAAGCAGAGGGAGUUGCACCCAGCCCUCAGGAUGUCUUCCCUCAAGAUCCCCCAUUUCGACGCAUUUUCGACAAACCCUCUCACGACGAUCUUGCCAGCUUUGAAGCUGCUCUCGCCGACUUGUAA